UUUGAAGUUUGAAGUUUGGAAGACUUGAAGUCUAUCCUUCCCUCCGCAGUAAAAUCGAGGAUUAGCAAGCAAAGCCAACCCAACUGUCAAAGAGAAGGCAGGGAGCAAUGGAAAAGUUGAAAAUGCCCUCAAGAGUCCCAACAGUCGCCAGCAAGCAAGCAAAGCAACGCCCUUGAUCUCAAAAGAAUUGAUUUUUAUUAAAAAUUCUCUCUCUCUUCUCUUGUCUACUUUUUCUCUUUCUCUGUUUGUCUGUCCUUUUCUUCAAUGUUUCUGCUUCUGUCACCCCAAAGUUCCUUGUUUUCCCGUCCAGAUUCCGAGAAAAUUCUCCUGGGUUCUUGUUAGUUUUUGGAAAAGACUCCAUUUCUGAUACUUGUAACAUAUUUCCUGAUUGUAACACUUCGCCCCCAGUGUCUUGUUCCUUUAUAGAUUUCCAGCUGGGCAUGUAAGGACGCUUAAAACUCUAUAAAGCAUCCAUUUCUCUAAACUUUUUCUCUUUUGGAUCUUGUGCUCCUCGAUCUUUAUCUAUCAAACAUAGAUGGGUAUAUAUCUCAGCACCCCAAAAACUGAGAAAUCCUCAGAAGAUGGCGAGAAUGACAGGGUUAGAUAUGGUCUAUCAUCCAUGCAAGGAUGGCGUGCAAAUAUGGAAGAUGCUCAUGCUGCAUAUCCUGAUCUGGAUGCUUCUACUUCAUUCUUUGGUGUUUAUGAUGGUCAUGGAGGCAAGGUGGUUGCAAAAUUCUGUGCCAAAUAUCUUCACCAGCAGGUUCUCAAGCAUGAAGCAUAUUCAGCUGGGGACAUAGGGAUAUCAGUUCAGAGAGCAUUUUUCAGAAUGGAUGAGAUGAUGCGUGGACAAAGAGGAUGGAGAGAAUUAUCCAUCUUGGGUGAUAAAAUAAACAAGUUUACUGGCAUGAUAGAAGGAUUAAUAUGGUCUCCGAGGAGUGGUGAUGGUAAUGACCAAGUUGAUGAUUGGGCCUUUGAGGAGGGCCCUCAUUCUGACUUUUCUGGACCAACUUCUGGGUGCACAGCCUGUGUUGCAAUUUUAAGAAACAACCAACUUCUUGUUGCAAAUGCUGGUGAUUCUCGUUGUGUGAUAUCUAGGAAGGGUCAGGCAUACAAUCUGUCUAGAGAUCACAAACCUGAUCUUGAGGCAGAGAAAGAAAGGAUUUUAAAAGCGGGUGGUUUUAUACAUGCAGGACGUGUCAAUGGCAGUUUGAAUCUCGCCAGAGCUAUUGGUGACAUGGAAUUCAAGCAGAAUAAGUUUUUGCCUGCCGAAAAGCAAAUUGUCACUGCAAAUCCAGAUAUAAACACUGUCGAGCUCUGUGAUGAUGAUGAUUUUAUUGUUCUGGCAUGUGAUGGAAUAUGGGAUUGCAUGUCCAGUCAGACGCUAGUAGAUUUUAUUCAUGAACAACUAAAAUCAGAAAGCAAGCUUUCUGUUGUUUGUGAGAGGGUACUCGAUAGGUGUUUAGCACCGUCAACAGCCACCGGUGAGGGUUGCGACAAUAUGACCAUGAUCCUGGUUCAGUUCAAGAAACCAAUCAAGUCUGCCUCGUCUGCAGACGAGCAAUCCUCGCAUUCAAAUCCGGUUGACACUGAAUCCAAACCAGAGGCAAGUCAAGGAAAGUAGCUGCAACUGUUGAAGAAGACUCGAGGACCCUUUGUUAUCUUGAUUCUCUAUGCAUUUGUAGAGGGCUUAGAGAAGGAAUGCAUUGAUGACAUACUAAGAUAAAAAAAAAUAUAUGCCUUUUGUUUCUCCUCUUCUUUCUUCCAUUUAAUGGUAAAAUUUUAGGAAUCACAAGUACAGUAGAAAUCAAUUAUGUAAUGUUUUUGGAUCCGAUUAACAGGUGUUUAUCUUAGAUCUGUUGAACCUCA